ACGAUCUAGACGAUGUUGCCGCUGCGUCUCAAAUCAAUCAGGCUCUGAGUGAUCAGCGCGUCGGUCCGCUUCAAUCUCAAAAAGAGAUCAAGGAUGUGAGAUGUCCCUUUACCAAAUGACGUGGACCAGCUGUGUUGAUAUUGACUGUGUAUAGUCUUCUCUCGAUCCGGGGAUGAGGGCUUCGGUGGUUAAAUGGGUGUUGGUGGUUGACACCAGUUUCAUUCUGUCCCAUCUUCAUUUGGUCGACAACUUGGUGGACGCAUACCACCGCUGGGGAAACGUCGUUAUGCUUCCAUGGGCCACCAUCAUGGAGCUUGAUGGCCUGAAGAAGAGCAAUUCGAACAUCCGUGUCAAAAACGCCAAAGGCAUCGAAGAAACCGUGAGUCUCGGUAUGCUCGCCCGCCGUGCCAAUCACUGGUGCUACGAAACCAUGGCAAAGAGGAAGAGCGGUCUGUGGGGACAGAUGAAAGAAGAGGUCAUUGAUCCUAUGGCUGUAAAGGGGGACGCUGCGAUUCUCGAUUGUUGCCGCUUUGUGAAGCAGAAAAAGAGUGUCCACACCGCGAUCCUCUCCAACGAUAAGAACCUUUGCUACAGAGCCCUGGUAUACAAUGUCUCUGCCGUCUCAUUCGCUGGCACUCCUUUGACUGCCGAUGGAGUCAUGAAGACCCUUGAAUCCAAUAAGAAAGAUACAUCCUCAUCCCGUCCACCCGGUAUCUGGUCCUCGGUCGAAGAUUUCGAUAAACCCGUCCCCAAGUUGCCGGAAAACCCUCCUUCCUUUCCUAAAACACCCCCACGGGUCGAAAUUACCGGAAAGGGUCUCUACGACUCGCUGUAUACCGGGUCAUCUUGUGGAGCGGUUGCGCCGUCUGAUGGUAACCGGAGCGGGCAUGGGCAUGGAAACUUCAAUAAUUUGCCUAAGGUUCAGGCCGAUGUGGGAUUGCUCUUGCUCAGGAUCGAAGAUGAUCUCCUAACCAACAUUGUUCCAUUACUGCAUGCGCUCUGGACCUCCUCCAACCUUAUUUCUCGGGGUAUUCAGGAUCCUUCCGGGGCACGGAACCUCGAGAAUAUUGAAAUUUCCCUCUGGCAUUGUGUUCAGCCUUUGUUCGAUCAGCUGUACCCCGGAAAAACGGAAAUUCGUGGACAGGUUAGCAGCAGUGAGCUCUCACGCAUCUGGAACGCCUGGGGUUCCUGGUCGGCUCCAGAUUUGCAACGUCUACCGUCCGUCAAGCCAACACCUCAAGGUCUCACUCGUUUCAUCGAGAGUUGGGAAGUUCUUUGGCGUGGCUUGAUUCAUUUCGCCCAGGAACCUGAAGAUACCAACCGUCGUCUUCUGCUUACUGUUGAGACAUGGAAGGCGUUGAUUUCGGGGCUUGCUCAUAGUUUGGCUGCUUUUAAGUAACCGACUAAUCAUAGCCAGAUUUCCUGUGGCUCACUCAGCUUCCCCUGUUAUUCAUGCUGUUACAAUUCCUCUCUUCCCCUGUGAGAUUUCCCCAAUAUCGAUACCCAGUCCCGAAUCCAGAAUCAACUUACCGUCAUGGUCUUGAGUGCCCCGACGUUGUACAAGUUGUUUCUCCCUUCAUUCAUCUAUUA